GUCACUUCAGUGCUUCAGUGAAAUUAGCUUUUCUCACGGGUGUACUGCUAAGCUAGGACAUUAGCAUCUUGUUUAUGUGCACAGUAGGUUGAAUAAACAACAUUGUAAAGAAUGGCUGGAAGCGCGGGAGAGUGGUGUCUGAUGGAGAGUGACCCCGGGGUGUUUACAGAGCUGAUAAAAGGUUUUGGCUGCAAAGGAGCCCAGGUUGAGGAGAUAUGGAGUAUGGAGCCAGAGAACUUUGACAACCUGAAACCAGUUCACGGCUUGAUUUUCCUGUUCAAGUGGCAGCCAGGUGAAGAGCCAGCAGGAUCAAUUGUCCAGGAUUCAAGACUUGACCACAUCUUCUUUGCAAAACAGGUCAUUAACAAUGCCUGCGCCACCCAGGCUAUUGUCAGCGUUCUGCUCAACUGUUCCCAUUCCGACAUGUUGCUUGGAGACACACUGACAGAGUUCAGAGAGUUUUCACAGAGCUUUGACGCCGCUAUGAAGGGUUUGGCUCUUAGCAACUCUGAAGUGAUCCGACAAGUUCACAACGGCUUUGCCAGACAGCAAAUGUUUGAAUUUGAUGCAAAGUCCUCAGCAAAGGACGAGGACGCCUUUCACUUUGUGAGCUACGUUCCUGUAAACGGCAGACUAUACGAGCUGGAUGGACUUCGAGAGGGACCAAUUGACCUGGGUGCAUGCAACCAGGAUGACUGGAUCAGCGCUGUUCGCCCAGUGAUUGAGAAAAGAAUACAGAAGUACAGUGAAGGCGAGAUCCGAUUCAACCUAAUGGCCAUCGUGUCUGACAGAAAGAUGAUAUAUGAGAGGAAAAUCGCGGAGCUCCAGACUCAGCUUACUGAGGACGAGCCAAUGGAUACAGACCAGAGCAGCACGUUUCUUAGCUCCAUCCAGUCAGAAAUUGCCAAGUACCAGCUCCUUAUUGAAGAGGAAAAUCAGAAACUUAAAAGAUAUAAGAUUGAAAACAUUCGACGAAAGCACAACUACCUUCCUUUCAUCAUGGAGCUACUGAAGACGCUGGCAGAGUAUCAGCAGUUAAUACCUUUGGUGGAGAAGGCAAAGGAGAAACAGAGCGCAAAAAAAGCCCAGGAGGCCAAGUGAACAACAACAACAACAACACCACCACCACCACCACCACCACCACACUUCCAACAGAGAAGCCUCCAAUUACACACACGGACACAUUGAAAACCCCACAGUCACUCUUUCAUCAGUGAGCCACAUACAGAUACUGUACAUCAUUUGUCAUAUUCAUAUUAAUGACCAUGGAUGGUCCACAGCACUUCCUCACUGUGGCAUCCCGUGAACCAUCCAGACAUUAUGAACUGCACUGCAGGUGUAGCAGAGAGACUGUCGGCAAAACACUGUCUUCAUGUGUGUCCAUCAGCUCUAUUGCAUGAUUGAAGGAAAUAUGUGCUCAAAUUAUGUCUGUCUUAUUUUCAUAAUAAAAUGUUUAGAUGUUUGUGAA